AUGGCAAGACGAGGAAGCUGUAAUGCUACCGCUCGCGGAUCUCAACGAAAGACGAGAUCUCAACGCAACAAUGUCACUGCCAUCGACAAUGGGAACGGGGAUCUCCCAGCGGCUGUUCCACAACCAACCCCAGCCGCUUCCCGACGGUUUAAUCCAUACAGGGCUCAGCGCGCUAAUGUGGCCGCCAACGCGGCUGUUACCGACAUGUCAGGUCAGCUCGCUCAACUCCGGUCUUUGGCGGAAUCCCAGCAGAGGGCGCUGCGCGCCAACGUGCCUGCUUAUGCUGAUGCCAACAUGGGCGUAACUAGAUUGGAAGGUUGGCCGACAUUCGCUCAACCAACGGCGUCUGCAGGACCCCUUCAAAGACAAAUGCCAGCACCAAGAGGAAGAAGAGGAAGAGGAAGAUCAGCCGGUCGUUCUUCUCAAGGAAGAAGACGCCUCUUGCCGGCUUCGAUGGAGGAGCAAGAAAAUCGAGGCGCACCGCUGGACCGUGGUCUGGACUCGGAUGAUGAUUAUGAUGAGGAGAUGAGAAAAGCGUCAUUGGAGAACAAAAAGGAGAGAGAGGAAAAGGAGAGAAAAGAAAGAGAUAGACGAGUGCGAAUCGGAGAAAGAAUGGCUCGCGAACGUUUUGAGGAGGAAGGAAGGCGAAGUGAAACAGAGAGCCUUGUGGAUGUAUACGAGCGCAUAGGUCAGAGACUGCAAGCUCGUGAAGCCAACCGCCUCCAGGAGACAGGCCAGGAAGAAAGAGCUGUUGUUCCAGGAGAAACGCUCUUUGCUCCACAGGUUUCCAUGGAGCCCACUGUCACGGAGGCUGGACAUUUCCCGGUUUCCCCUCAGGCCAGUUACCUUCCAGCAAAUAUUCCGCAGCUCCAACCACCGGUCCCACCUCCGAACAACUACUUGCCAGCCACGAUCCCGAUGCUCCAACAGCCGACUCCUCCACUUCUUGUGAAAGAGGAGGAGCCGGACUGCCAAGAAAUUGACAUAACUAGACCAUCCAUCAAAAUCGAGCAUGGAAAGGAAAACUGGAAGAAGUGGACCAGAAAGCAAGUCAGAGCCUUCAUCCGGUCAAUAGAGUACCGUGAUGCAAAAGAGGCUGAGAAGCUGAUCGAUUUGAAUUUGAAUGGAUUCGGAUUGUAUUAUCAUUGGGCAGACGAAAAGAACACGGUGAACCGUGGCAUCAGUCUCGAUUUUUGGUACGAAUUCCACUAUCAUUUUGCAAAAAUUGUGAAAGAAUUGGAGAGAUUGGAAAAUGAGAAUAAGACUAAAAAGUAA